AUGGUCGCUGGAUUUGAAACCACAUCAACUGUGUUGGCCUGGUUCAUUCAUGCUAUGAGCGAGUAUCCAGACGUACAACACAAGAUGAAAGAAGAAUUGAUGAGUGUCAGUGUUAAUCAGAAUUUGACACUAAAUCAGCUUGAUUCUUUAGUGUAUUUGGAUUGUGUUAUCAACGAAAUUCUGCGCUUUCAUACAAUUACUUCUGGAACUGUUCGUACAUUAACGGUUGAGGACCGCCUUCCAAAAAGUAACUUCCAAUUAAGCAAGGGGGAUUCAGUGUUGAUGCCAUUUUACAAUUUGGCGCACGAUACUCAACAUUGGUCAAUAGAUACUGAGAGCUUUGCUCCAGAAAGAUUUUUAAACGAAGACAAAAAUCAUCAUCUAUACACAUUGCUUCCAUUCGGUGUUGGACAUCGCCAAUGCAUUGGACAAGCUUUAGCACGGUUUGAACUUAAAGCGAUUAUUGCCAGAAUGCUACAACGAGUAACAUUUGGAGAUGGUGGACCGAAAAUUAAUUCAGGUGGACAUUUUACAGGACUCACCAUACAACCAAAACAUGUUGGUGUUACUACCGGAUUUUCUUAA